AAUAAAUAAAAAAAUGUGUAAAUAAUGGACAUUUUUAAAGCAGAUACAUUUGGGGGUUUAUAGAGUUGUAUUUUCUUCAUAAGAAUCUGUUUUUGAAGGAUUUCACUAGUGAUGCACUUUGUGUCUGAUCUCAUGUUGAUCAAAAGCCAAAAACCACUGCACAUUGAAAUGAUGACUUGAUUUGGUUCAUGAGUGAAAGAACAUUUGUGAGGUUCACUUUAGUAAUUUAAAAAAAAAUUGAUUCUGAAGUAUAAUGAAGUACUGAAGUAUUGAUUUUGUGAUUGGUCACAUGAUCGGCUGUUAAUCUCACCUAAACAUACUUUGGGCUGAGGAAGCCACAAGAGGAAAACGUUAUUCACUCAUAAAUAAAAUCAAAUCAAGUUGUUUUUUGACUUUUGAUAUUGACAUUUUUGUUCUUGUGACCACUGAUAACCAGCACCUGAUUGUUUAUGUUGUCGGUGCAGAAAGAGUCUUCAUUUCAUAAGCUUAAGGUCUGUCUACUUAGACUUUUGUACGUUCAAGUGUGAAUACACACUAGGUUCUUGUUACAGUUUGUGUCUUUUACUUGUUCUCUCUUAGUGCCUGAAUAGUAUGAGAGUGACCCAAUUGUUGACAUGUUGCUGGGUGGACUUUUCCUCUUUACUUAUCACUGCUGUCCCUAAUUAUGUAAAAAAAAAAAAGAGCCGGAAAUCCUGGGAAUGCAGUGUGAUUCUCUGUUCUUUAUGCUCUUCUAGAAACAUGCCAUAAAGUUCCUCCAGGAAGUAAAAGUCAUAACCCUUGACCUUGAGUCCACAUUUCUUCGCCCACUCGUUACCAGUGUUGGUUGAGAGAGGUAGAGCACAGAGUAUUAUCUUGGGGGAACGUAUUGCCACCAGUUGUAGCAGUGAGCUCAUCAGUUUUUACUGAAGCAGCAGAGAAGAUGGCAGACCAUGAGAACAUCCAGAGGCAGAGACAGAAGAGGAGGAGCCCGCACACUCAUUACGUCAUGUGUUUGUCUUUGAAACACAUUUAUUGACCACUAGAGAAUCUUGCUCGGUUGUGUAAUUUGUGAGUGUGUUGAGGUGAACGCACAGGAGAAGCAGACCAGCAGUUGACAGAGGAGGAGGAUAUUUUCACCUACUGAACCACAAUGUCUCAACCAGGACAGGAAGAAGGUGAACACAUGCAGCGUCCUGAAGUGAGUGAAGAGGAUCUGACUGAAACAAAGGGCAAACUGGGCACUGGUGGGCCACCAAAGAGCAAGACCUUUGAAGUCAUGGAGGAGUGUGAGAAAACGGGUAAAGUUGCUCCGUCUGUGUUCAGUCGAGCUAAGUCUGGAGCAGAGACCGCGCUCAACACACGCUCAGGUCGUCCAGUCAGAAAGUAGCAGACCUCCCGACCAUGACUGGACAACACUUUAGGGGUUUGGUUGCAGUUGUUUUCCAGCUGAAUAUCCAUCCAUUUAAAAAAAGAAAUCAGCAUAAAAAGCCACCUUUAUAUUUUUUUUGUGGCGUUGUCCUGUUCAUCCAAGUUUUGCUUGUGUUUUUGCACUAAGUUUAAUUGUAGCACGUAGUUGCAUUUAUAGUAUUAUAGUGAACAGAUAUACAGGUUCCUAAUACAUUUCUAUUUACAUAAAUGGUAUCUCAAAUAGAUAAUUUGUUUAAUUUAGUCUCUGUUGUGGUUUCCUUUCACUGGCAUUUAUCUACUGUUUAAUGAUGCAAGUUAAUGACUUGAUUUCUUGAUUUAAGUCAUGAGGUCUUUUAUUUGAAUGAUCAUGACUCAUUCACUUGUUGAAAUACAUGUAAAUGCUCAUUAUAACUAAUGACCAUCUGACUUGAUUCCAUUAAGAGGUUAAUUUAGACAGAUUUUAGCCCACUCAGUCCUUUUUACCCAUUUAUUUGCCUGUUAAAGUUAGUGUGUAAGAAUUGGUGACAUCUAAUGGUGAAACGGCAGAAUGCAACAACGGGACUUCUCUGCUCAGCCCUUUCUUUGUUAUAGUGGCCUGAGCAGCUUCAAAGAGAGCUUUGAGUCAUCCAUUAGCUGAUGAGGUUCACAUAGAUCCAGAUGUUUAAAAGUGUUAUUCAGUCGUUGUCAUGUUAGAUAGCCAGCAGUUCUUUUUAUUUACGUUGGAAGCUUCUACUUCAAAGUAAUAAAACUGUAGAAACAUGGUAACAUGAGGUGGCAGCCUCAAUAAAGCAAGGCCUGUGAUUAUAUGCUUAAAACAAUUCUUAUUGGUAGUUUAGUCUAUUUCUGUCAGUAAACCCUCCCAAAUGUUACACACUGGACCUUUGAGGGCUAUUGCAAUUUAAAUGACUUGCUGUGAUGUCAACACCUACUUUGUGACUAAAAUGCAAUUUGUCCAACCAAAUUAUUUGAUUUCAACUGUAAAGGGCUAAUGCAAGCAGUUCAGUUUCUUACUUGCAAAAAUGAACGUCUGGUUCAACGACCCUUAUCCUUAGACAGUUUGAUUAAUUCAUUCAUCUUCUACUGCUUUAUCCUCCACAUGAGGGUCGCUGGUGCUAGUUCCAGCGACAACCAUUCACAGUCAACUUAGAGUGUUUAAUUUGCUUGAUCCCCAAAUCUGCAUGUUUGUUUGGACUGUGGGAGAAAACCCACGCACACACACGAGAACAUAAUUACAUGCAGAAAGACCCUUUUUCCAACUAGGUCACAAAACUGGGUCUUCUUGCUGCAAAGGAAAGAGUGCUAACCACUACACCACCACACCAUGUGGCUGACAGUCAGGUUGUUUUUCUUAAAAUUACUUAAUUUCAUUCAGUUCUAUUGGAUUAAGGGCCAGUAUAAACUGUAAAAUGCAGUGAUUAUAGGCAAUACUGCUGAGUGACUGAAUGGGUGUUUCUGAUUUAAAAAGUAUUAUGUUUGACAGAUUAUAGUUUGUUAAUUAUUUUACCUGCUGAAAUGGCAGUAAAGGGCCAAUGUGGUUAAAUGUGUUUUUUCUCUUGCCAAAAUUUGAUUAUAGCCUGCAUCCUGUAGCUUAAGUUUGUUUCUAAUAAAAAACUUUUGCUGUCAA